AUUAUGGAUGGUUAUCGUUACCUCGAGUUUUCUUUGCGUACGAAAAUUGCAUUGGCAGAAAUAAAUUGUGAAAGGCAUUCAACAUUAAAUUUUCUAAAGCCUUUGCAAGGAAGAAGUUUUAAAAGUGCUUUGACUACCGAUACCGUGGUUGUUUUACCGACGGCCCGGGCUAGGGAAAAAGUUUGAUUUACGAGGUGCUGCCCAAAAUAUUUGAUACAAAGAUUGUAAUUGUUUCACCACUGAAUUCCAUCAUAGAGGAACAAUCCGCAAAAUUAAGAGACAGGGCAGUAACAAUAGAUGGGAAAUUAAUACAGGAUCUUGAGAAGAAAGAACCAAGCACAGAAUCUGAAAACGAGAGAGUUAAAAGAUUUUUGGAUGGAAAUGCUGUUUACAUCAUGGGACACCCAGAAUUUAUUAUGGAAAAAUCAGUUUGUAAAAUUCUUCGAAAUAAAUACAAGGAUAUAGCACACAUUGUAGUUGACGAGGCUCAUUGUGUUGUGAGCUGGGGGCACGAUUUUCGACCACAAUUUUCACAAAUUUCAAAGUUUAGGUCCCUCUUUCCAAAUGCUAAAUUCGUAGCCCUGACGACCACUGCAACGGUUAAAAUGCAAAAAGAAAUUGCAGAGAAUUUAUGCAUGUCCAAAUAUUUCCACACAAUUUCAAGUAAUACUAUUCGCGCCAACAUAAAACUAAAUGUCUCCAAAAGGUGUGCAUCAAUAGGUGGACAUUACACAGCAGAAGAAUCCUUUGAAACAUCUUUGAAACCAGUGAUUUCUGAGCUCUGUCUACAAUUUCAAAACUUUGACAGAACAAUUGUUUACAGUAAGCUUAAAUACUGUGCUAUGGGCUUUGAGCUAGUAAAAAGGGAGGCAAUGAAACUAUCCCUUGAAGAUGUUUCUCAAGUGAUGAAUGCAGUUUCACAAUAUCAUGCACCAAGCACCACUAAGAUGAAGGAGAAGACAGUUCACAAAAUGUGUGACCCCUCUAGCCAACUGAAACUUCUAUUUGCUACCGAGGCAUACAGCAUGGGAACAGAUGCACCACAUAUUCGGCGAAUCAUACAUUUUGGUCCCCCAUCAUCACUGGAGACGUACUUGCAGGAGAUAGGACGAGGUGGGAGAGAUGGUGCCAAGUGCAUCGCAACUCUGUUUGAUAACGCAAGUUACAUAGGAAGCAACGUCAAAAACAUGAAAGAAGAAGUCAAACAGUUUUGCGCGCUAAAAACAUGCAGGCGAAAAUUUCUUACUGACCACUUUGGAUUUUCUUAUGAACAAAAUAUGACACCGCAUACAUGUUGCGAUGUUUGUGAGCUAAAAUGCCAAUGUGACAAUUGUAUUGUCGCCAUUGCUGAUAGAAUAGAAAAUGACGUAGCAAUGGAAUCGCAAGCAUCAAGUCGUAAAACUAAAAAUUCUACAUUACUUGUCGUAGUUCUAAGUGCGUAUUUUGAUGCUGAAAACAGUCAAUUGGAUAUUCCAAACCCAGAUGUAUUUACUGGUCUCUCUAAAUCCUUGUUAACAGAUCUUGUCAAUUCAACUGAAGAUUUUGAAAGUGAAGAUUGUUUAAAGCAGAAGUUUAGUCACUUUCAACCUCAUUUUUUGAGCAACAUAUAUGAAAUCAUACAGAACGUAAGUGAAAUCUAA